AAGUUCAUCGCGUCCUACCUCUGCUCGUAUGGCGCGCAGACCAGGGCCGGCCGGCUGUUCAACAUGGCCGCCGCCGACGCGCCCGACUGCGGCGAGUGGCUUCUCUACUCCCACGACACCGCGCAGGCCUUUGCCAAGCACAUCGAUAACACGGUCAACUCGAGCGUGCUCUUCGCCGACAUUGCCACCACCAUCGACGGCGGCCCCAACGCCAGCGCGGCCCAGCAGGCGGCGGCCCUGAUCAGCUGCGGCACCGACGGCGGCUCGCUCGGCGUGGCCGUCAAUGCCUCCCACCCGACCUACAAGGGCUCGACCUGCCCUGCCGGCUAUACCACCUCUGGCAUUCUCGUCAAGACUGUGGCUUCGGGAGUGUAUGACUUGGGCCUGUAG